GUCUUUUAUCUUCCACACUCUGUCCUACAUGGGCACCCUAUGGGAGGGACUAAAGCGUGCAUCACCUACGGGUAAUACAAAUUAACUCUAAGCACAGGCUUGGAUACGAUACAACUUUUAGCUUAAGUAUAUCGUUUUAUCCUGCAUGUGGAAUAGCUGUGCUGAGUCGCGGCGUGUUUGAGCUGAAAGUAAGUAUAGCAGCUGGCACUUGCACCAACAGUGCAAUGGCCAGCCCAGAUGUGGAAGAGCCAGUGGCUCAAAGCUCAACGGCCCAAAACCUGGCCAGAAGGCGCUUUUCGCGUGACGCCCAAGGUCUGGGUCCAGAUGAGAUAGAUGGCCUCAUGUCCAGCAGUGAUGGCCGUCCCUUCCUUGUGGUGCAUCAUCUUCCUGAAAUAAAAGAGGAGGGGAUACCUCCCCUAAUGCCUGGGAUCCCUAUUACAUGCAGAGUGGAGAACACAGAGAAACACACUACUCGCUCAAAGGUCCAUGUAGGCACCCUAUACACAGUGCAGCUAACACAUGGCCACUUCCACUGGACAGUGAAGAGGAAGUACAAGCACUUCCAGGAGCUGCAUCGAGACCUUUACAAGCACAAGAUGAUGCUUCACUUGCUGCCUCUGGGAAGAUUUGCAAAGGAGAGGCAGCAGCUGAGAGCCAUGUCAGAGGAGAUGCCCAGCCUACACGGGACUGAACGGACCAGGAGGACCUCCAGCAAAUUGAAAUACCUUGAGGAGUACCUGAAUGGUCUGCUGGAGAACUCAUUUUGUAGGAAUGAUCACAGCAUGAUGGAAUUUCUCUCUGUCGGAGCUCUCUCCUUCGUCACUGAUCUCGGACCCAAAGGCUUGGAGGGACCCAUCUUCAAGAGGUCAGGGGGUCACCGGAUCCAAGGCCUGAACUGCAUUGGCCAUCAUCAGUUCUGUUUUCGCUGGUCACGGCGCUGGCUGGUGGUGAAAGACUCCUUCUUGAUGUAUAUGAACCGAGACAACGGCCACAUCAACUUUGUGUUGCUUUUUGACCCAGAGUUCAAAGUGAAAGUGGGCCGCGCUCACACAGACACCAGAUAUGGAGUUUGCAUUGAGAACUUCUCUCGGAGUCUCAUCAUCAAGUGCAGCAACUAUAGACAGACUCAUUGGUGGAGUCAUGAAAUCAACCGGUUGGCAGAAACCUGUGACUUUCUCAAAGUGCAUCGCUUCGAGGGGUUUGCUCCACCACGGGAGAACACACUCACUAAAUGGUAUGUGAAUGGAGGUGGCUACUUUGCAGACCUGGCUGAUUCUCUCGAACAAGCCAGGGAGGAAAUCUUCAUCACAGAUUGGUGGCUCAGCCCUGAAGUGUUUCUAAAGCGACCAGCAACUGAUAACUACUGGCGUCUAGAUGAAAUCCUCAAACGCAAAGCAGAACAAGGAGUCAAAGUGUGUGUCCUGCUGUACAAAGAGGUGGAGCUAGCACUUGGCAUCAAUAGUGAGCACAGCAAGAGGACUCUUAUGAAUAUGCACCCAAACAUCAAGGUAAUGCGACAUCCUGACCAUGUGUCCUCUGUGGUGUUCCUGUGGGCUCACCAUGAAAAGAUGGUGGCUAUUGACCAAACGGUGGCCUUUGUGGGAGGGAUUGACCUGGCGUUUGGGAGGUGGGAUACCAAUCAGUACCGGCUAACUGACCUGGGCUUGAUGGCCAACAGUGUAACCGAUGGGGAGCCAAAAGAAGAUAAAGGAGGUAAUGGUGCGGCUGAUGGUCCCAAACCAUCUGAACCAGAUAAGCAAGCAGAGCAGGACACUUAUGAUCUGACCUGCAAUAAUAAACUGUGGCUUGGCAAAGACUACAGCAACUUUAUCAGGAAAGACUGGGUCCAACUGGACAGACCCUUUGAAGAUAACAUUGACCGUACUCAAGUUCCCCGCAUGCCGUGGCGUGAUCUGUCUGCAGCUGUUCAUGGCGGAGCUGCCAGGGAUGUAGCCCGCCACUUCAUCCAGCGCUGGAACUUCACCAAGAUCUUCAAAAACAAGUACAAGGACGAGUUCUACCCUUACCUUCUUCCCAAGUCUCACUGCACUGCUGACUCACUCUCAUUCACUGUGCCUGGAUCCAAGAAGGCCAAAGUGCAGGUGUUGCGCUCUGCCGACCGUUGGUCUACUGGAACCUGUGAGAACUCGAUCCUCAAGGCCUACAUCCACACCAUCGAGAACAGCGAGCACUACAUCUACAUCGAGAACCAGUUCUUCAUCAGCUGUGCCGAUGGGAAGACUGUCCAUAAUGGGAUCGGUGAUGCAAUUGUGAAUCGAAUCUUGCGUGCACACAGAGAGCAGAAGAAGUACAGAGUGUUUGUGGUGAUUCCUCUACUUCCUGGAUUUGAGGGAGACAUCGGUGCAGGAGGUGGAAAUGCCAUCCAAGCUAUUUUGCACUUCACUUUCAGGACCAUGUGCCGAGGGGAGCACUCCAUCCUGUCAAGACUUAGAGAAGUUAAGGACCUGUGGACGGAGUACAUCACAUUCUGCGGCCUGAGAACACAUUCCCAGCUCUCCCAGUCCCUUGUCACAGAGCUCAUCUAUGUUCACAGCAAGACCCUCAUUGCCGAUGACCUCUGCUAUAUCAUUGGAUCCGCCAACAUCAAUGACCGCAGCAUGCUGGGCAGCAGAGACAGUGAGAUGGCAGUGUUUGUGGAAGAUGAAGAGCGUGUCCUUUCUAUCAUGGGAGGGCAGGAGUACCAGGCAGGACCCCUCACCCUCGCUCUGCGUAAACAGUGUUUCAGUGUUCUUGUUGGAGCUUCUUCAGACCCAAGUAUCAAUGUUGAUGAUCCAAUCAGCGAUGAAUUCUUCUUCUUGAACUGGAAUGCACCUGCUAAACUGAAUGCCACCAUUUAUGACAAGGUCUUCAAAUGCCUGCCCCACAACUCUGUCCACAACAUGCGAGAGCUGAAGGAGUACUCCAGCAAGGAGCGCCUCUGCGACACAGACCCUGAGCAGGCCAUAGAGGAGCUGAAGGCCGUCCGAGGGCUGCUGGUCCACUUCCCCCUGAGGUUCCUGUGUGAGGAGAACCUGCUGCCUCCACUGGCCACUAAAGAAGGCAUGGCUCCUGUCGGCCUGUGGACAUAACCGCAGCUCAGCCCAGAUCAGACCACUACGUAAAAGUUAAAGGGCUGCUGUACCACAUGCUCCUCCUUGUAGAUUCUAAUCUUCAGCACAGUACACUAAAGUAGUUGCAGCACUGACACUCCAAUGGUGAGGAAAAGACAACACAUCAACCCAAGUUCUUUGUGCAUCAUUGAUGUUUUUUAUAUUGUCUUUUUGACUGACGAUGAGCUAGCCUGAACAUAACCACGGAAAUAUAGAUUUUAUUAUGAUUUACAACUUUAGAAAAUUAGUAGAUUAACCUGAACCGGCCAGUUUAUUCAUGACGAUAGUGUCUGCCUCAUACCUUGCACUAUAGUGCAAUCUGAACUGCAGGGCUGCGGUGGUGUUAAACACACAUAAAUGAAUGUAUGAGUCAGGAGAGGAUUGCGAGGUUGUAUUGGAAAUCAAGCAUCUCACUUGAUCUGGGAACAUAGUGUACAUUUAUUGGUGCAAGGUUUUUGGGUGGGUGGCUCUCUUUCUCUCUCGCUCUCUCUCUCUCUCUCUCUCUCUCUCUCUCUCUCUCUCUCUCCCCCUCCCUCCCUCUGAGGCUUCACCUCUUACUGCAGUGCCAGCAAAUCUGUCAGAACAUUUGUGGUUGUUAUGGUGACGGAUAUAAAGAGAUGACUGGAUUGUAGCUGAAAUAAAGACAGGAUAGGGCAGAAAUGGGAAAGUACUGAGAAGAGGGAUAACUUACUAAAUCAGGAUGGUGUACUGGAAAAUCAAAAGUAGUAUUGAAAUCGGACUAAUAGAUUCUGUGGAAGCAAAGUAAUUUUAAUAUUUUUGGAUGAACGAUUGGGUGGGAAAACUGUGAGAGGGGAAAGAAAACGAGGAAAAGAUAAUUAGGUUAAUUUACCGUUAAUUGUUUUAUCUUUUAAAGGCACCAUGACAACCAGAUUGAAUUAUUAUUUCACCAUGUCAGCAGAACAGAACAUUCCACUAUCUACUUCAGCUAUUUCCAUGUGGGCUCCACAAUUCUGUGUCCAGGUGCCAUAACAUUUCUCGCAUAUCUAUAUUAAUUUACAUGCACCAGGCUUUUAUUUAGGCAUUACAGUUGGCCAUAGCACUAUAACUGAGUAGUGACAUAAUGUGGCUUUCAUUCAUGGUGCAAUUCCAAUUGAGCAACAUUGAGUCAUAUUUUUAACCUCACACCACAAUAUAUUUAUUUAUAUAUUAUAUACCAUUAUAUUUUUUUUUUAUAUAAAAUCACAUCUUGAAACCUGCUAAUUCCCUUUACUGAGCCAUGAGGAACUGUGUUGAGCAAGUCAUGUACUGGACAAAUAUGUAGCAUCCCCCUUUUGAAACAUUGCAUUGGCUGAUUUGGAAUAUGUAAUAAUUCAGCAGACCAUACAGCAGAUGCUGCCUUCCUCAUAUAGAAAAGCAGGACCUGGGUUACUUUUAUGCAAUAACAAAACGUGAUGCAUGAUUCCUUAGCUGUAAGACAUGGGUGACAGAAAAAGAGUUUGACCAAGGUGGGAGGAAAAUGAGUAUUAGUAGUAUAUAUAUACUGAGAUUGAACACUUGGGGAAACACAAUGUUUACAUGUUUGAAGGUUUAUUACAUGACACACAUUCAUGCCAAGUUUUAUCAGAGCCUCUGCAAAGCACUUGUAUCAUGUCAAGGUUUUUAGAGUGUUUAAAGAACAACCAGCAAAGAGGCAGACAAUAGGCAUGAAGCUUUUGAAUGGGACUUUAUGUUUUAUAUUCCUAACCUUUCGCUGGUGUUCUCAUUGGACUUUGUGGGGGUAAAAAAACCCUUUUCAAUGUAUUUUAAAGAGACCUGUAUGUUAAUGUUGACUUGAAGUGAUAAUCCAGUUCAUAAUCUAAAAAAAGUGGAAAUUUGCUGAACCUAUGACAGAGCCAGUGAAACUGUAGAGACUUCUUCAUACGCUUUCAAGACAUGCCCAUAAGUCAACAACACUACCAAGGUGGUUUCAGAGCAUACGUGUCUGUGAAUCUAACAGAUGCCAAGUGUCCCACGUGAAUGUCGCCUUGCCUCUACAUGUAGCCCCUUUCACAGAGGAGCUAGGAAAACCAUCUGUGUUCAGAAAUGGUGCAUUGCUGGCUUCAGAACUAUUCACACUUUCCUUCAGAAGAUAUUAAAAGGCCACUUUGAUCCCUUGCACACUAGAAGCUGGGUAUUUAGCCUCUCUUAUAAAGCACAAAAUGGUUCCCUUGAGGGUUAUUCUUUGUUUAAAAGAUUCAGAAGAAAUGUCUGUUAUACUGAGAUGUAACCUUAUACUUAUACCUAUACUUAUAUGUUUCUAUCAUGAAUUUUAUUUUUAUUGAACUAAUAGCCAGCAUUACCAAUAUAUUUUUACGAAUACACUACUAAUAGAUGAUUGUGUUUUUAACUUUUCCCUAUAAUCCAUUAACAGUCACCACUUGAAAACCUUUGUGUAUGCAAAUCUGUAGAUUUAGGUUAUUACCUUAGAGUUGCUAAUGUAUAGGUUACUAACACUCAGGGGUAGAGAGAUAAUACAUAUUCUUACUCAGUCACUUACAUGUAAGUACAGUCAACUUGUACUUUCAGGUUUGUUACUUUUCUUGUUUCCUCAAUAAACUUGUUUUUUUUGUGGAA